CUCCCCCAGCGCCGCCUGUUCCGGGUUGGGCUGCUCCCCUGGGUCCUGAGCGCAGCCGGAGGGAGUCGGGGCCGGGGACGCGGAGCCAGACGGUGGGGAAGGAGACCGGGGCCGGUGGCGGCAGGCUGCACCUGGGCGCGCCCCCUCCUCCCGCGUUCCCUCUUCCGUCCCUUCCCCGGGUGAGUGGGUGCCCCUGGCCGGCCCUGCCGGGGCAGGGGGCGGCCGGCAUCCCGGGCGCACUGCAGCCAUGGCGUGCAGCCUGAAGGACGAGCUGCUGUGCUCCAUCUGCCUGAGCAUCUACCAGGACCCGGUGAGCCUGGGCUGCGAGCACUACUUCUGCCGCCGCUGCAUCACCGAGCACUGGGUGCGGCAGGAGGCCCAGGGCGCCCGCGACUGCCCCGAGUGCCGGCGCACGUUCGCCGAGCCGGCGCUAGCUCCCAGCCUCAAGCUGGCCAACAUCGUGGAGCGCUACAGCGCCUUCCCGCUGGACGCCAUCCUGAGCGCCCGGCGCGCCGCGCUGCCCUGCCAGGCCCACGAGAAGGUGAAGCUCUUCUGCCUCACCGACCGCGCGCUCGUCUGCUUCUUCUGCGACGAGCCUGCCCUGCACGAGCAGCACCAGGUCACGGGCAUCGACGACGCCUUCGACGAGCUGCAGAGGGAAUUAAAGGAGCAGCUUCAGGCCUUGCAGGACAGUGAACGGGAACACACAGAGGCCCUGCAGCUCCUCAAGCGCCAACUGGCUGAGACAAAGUCUUCCACCAAGAGCCUGCGGGCCACCAUUGGGGAGGCCUUUGAGCGCUUGCACCGGCUGCUACGUGAGCGCCAAAAGGCCAUGUUGGAGGAGCUGGAGGCAGACACGGCCCGCACCCUGACGGACAUCGAGCAGAAGAUACAGCGCUAUAGUCAGCAACUGCGCAGGGUCCAGGAGGGCAGCCAGAUCCUUCAGGAGCGGCUGGCUGAGGCAGACCGGCACGCCUUCCUGGCCGGGGUCUCCUCACUGUCCGAGCGGCUCAAAGGCAAGAUUCAUGAAACAAACCUGACCUAUGAAGACUUCCCCACCUCCAAGUACACAGGCCCCUUGCAGUAUACCAUCUGGAAGUCUCUCUUUCAGGAUAUCCACCCUGUCCCGGCUGCUCUCACCCUGGAUCCUGUCACGGCCCAUCAGCGACUCAUCCUGUCUGAUGACUGCACAAUUGUAGCCUAUGGGAACCUCCACCCCCAGCCCCUGCAGGACUCACCCAAGCGCUUCGACGUGGAGGUGUCUGUAUUGGGCUCGGAGGCGUUUGGCAGCGGCGUCCAUUAUUGGGAGGUAGUGGUGUCAGAAAAGACACAGUGGAUGAUUGGGCUAGCUCAUGAGGCUGUCAGCCGCAAGGGCAGCAUCCAAAUCCAGCCCAGCCGCGGCUUUUACUGCAUCGUCAUGCAUGACGGCAACCAGUACAGCGCCUGUACGGAGCCCUGGACCCGGCUCAAUGUCAAGAACAAAUUGGAGAAGGUGGGCGUCUUCUUGGACUAUGACAAGGGACUCCUCAUCUUCUACAAUGCAGAUGAUAUGUCAUGGCUAUACACCUUCCGGGAGAAGUUUCCAGGGAAGCUCUGCUCCUACUUCAGUCCGGGUCAGAGCCACGCCAAUGGCAAGAACGUGCAGCCGCUGCGCAUUAACACAGUGCGCAUUUAGUGCCGGCUCCCUGAAGCAGAACUCGCGGCUGGGAAGGAGGAACGGAACGCUGUCUCCUCCCCUGGUCUCUGGGAUCAGCUACCGCGCUUCCUUUGCCAUCCACUCGGGCUGGCACGUCUGCUGCUGGGGCCUUGCUGGCUGGUGGCUGCCCCAGUGGUCUGCAGCCUCAGGGAGCUAGAGAAGGCACUUCUCCCUGGACAGCUUGAGGCUUGCCCAUCACCUGGGCAGGGAUCACACAUUUCCCCCUCAACCAGAGGGGUUGUGACCUGACCCUGAUCCCCAUUUGGCCAGCAGCCAUUACUGACUCCUAGGUGGAGAAGGGAAUUUCUCAAGGCCUGAGAGCUCCAAACCCCCCCACCUACUCCAGAUUCCUCAGCAGUGUUUUUCUUAUUUUUCCAUGGACUAUGCACAUUGUAGUUCUCACAGCCCCUCAGAACAGCAGCCUCUCGUGAUCACGUAGGCUGCAGGUUCCCUCCAUGCUAGCAUAUUUCUCAAGCAUGAGGGUGAAACAACACAGUGCCUCACAGGAAUGAGAGCCCCUCGGGAGCCCUCUCAAUGCCAGCCCCUUGGAGGUUUAGUCUUGGUAGGUGAGACAGUACAUGGACCCCCUGUCCCAGGCUCAGAGAUUUUAGAGAAAGAUGUGGGGCUUGGGAAAGAAGACUGCCAAAGGGCAGGAUGUGGGGCCAUUAUGGGAAGAGACAGGAUUGGAGGAAUAAGGACAUUAGCUCUGAGUAUAGGAUUGUUUCUUUGGUGAGAAGAUAUCAUGGCAGUCAACCUGACCCUCAGCUUGGCUUUUCAAAUGGAGCUUAAAGAUGAGGACAAAGUAUACUUUAAGGAGGCUUUGGAGGAGCAGAUCUCUUUAUAUUUAACUCUUGGUCCCCAGAUCAAGGACUCCAAGUAUCUAGCAAGAAGAAAAGAAGCCUUGGGAUAGGCCCCAGGCCCAGUCCUGGUGAAAUCAAUGACUUGUAGCCUAGUCUAGGCUGUGCCUCACUUAUCCCUACAAAACCACAGAGCUUUUGGCUUUGUGUGGGAGGGACGGGCCAAAGGACUUCCAGGGGCUGAUCUUCGGUAGCUGACUUUGCAUGGCAGGCCUGCCCAGCAGCCUGGGCUCCAAGGAGGUCCGCUCCAGGAAAAGAAGGAUCCUCCGUCCAUAUCUAAGCCCUGCUGCUGUCAGAAUCGGGCCAAGCCUUCCUCAUUCCCCCCAGCUCAAAUCACUCUACCCACGGCAGCUCUGAAUUCUCAGGGAGAAAGGGGGACUGCUUUACCCCCCUAAGUCAAAACUGAGAUUUCCUUCUUCUCCCUGACACCUGAAACUGUUUCUAGCUGUGACCACAGCCCCUGGUUGCCCAGUUAGUCAUUUCAGGGCCAGAUCCUUUCAGGCAAAUUUGAGAUCCAUUCUCAAAUCACCAGUAUUCACAAAGUGAGACCAGGAGUUGAAACAUCUUAGCUCAUGGGAAAACAACAUUAUGGCAUGGCUCAGAGCCCCCAUAUCCUCACCCCAGUGUGCCUAAUAAUCAGCAGUCCCACUUGGUCUCCUCGGGACCCUAGGGCAGCAAUGGAACAUGCAGUAGAAUGGGAAUGCUUAGGGGGUUCCCCAAGGGAAGGAGCUGCUCUGGAGGGACGUGGUUGGGAAAGCUGGGCCCAGUGCCUGUACAACCUCUCUCUCCUUCCCCUCAUUCUUUGAUCCUCCUCACUCCCCAGAAUGCAAUAUUUAUAAUAAAGAAAAAAAAGAAAGAAAAAAAAAGGUUACUUUAUCCGUUUUGUGACCAAUGG